AUGGACAAAGCAGUGUCACAACCAGUUCCAGCCUCUAGCACCUCCAGCACGCAGAAUCUCGACGCGAAGCGCGCCGCUGUCCAAGAACCCAGUUUCGGCCCUGACGCCAAAAGAAUCAAACGCUCUCAUGAUGGGUUGAUAGAGCCGGAUGCGAAAACUCCCGCUCUGACUAUCGUCCCCUUUCCAGAGAAGCCGGCAGUUUUGGAAGAGCGGAAUGGAGAGAUCCAAUUCCGAGUGGUGAACAAUGAUGGCUCCAGAGAGAGUACCAUUAUCCUUACAGGCCUCAAGUGCCUGUUUCAAAAACAGCUUCCGAAAAUGCCCAAGGACUAUGUCGCGCGUCUCGUCUACGAUCGCGCUCAUCUGUCUAUGGCCAUCGUCAAAAUGCCGCUGGAGGUCAUCGGCGGGAUCACAUUCCGCGAAUUCCGAGACCGCAAGUUUGCCGAAAUCGUCUUUUGCGCGGUCUCGUCCCACCAGCAGGUGAAGGGAUACGGCGCACAUCUCAUGUUCCAUCUGAAGGACUAUGUCAGAGCUACUUCCCCCGUGAUGCAUUUUCUAACAUACGCCGAUAACUAUGCCACCGGCUAUUUCCAAAAGCAGGGAUUUACCAAAGAGAUCACCCUCGACAAGUCCAUCUGGAUGGGGUAUAUCAAGGACUACGAAGGGGGGACACUCAUGCAGUGCUCCAUGCUUCCCCGAAUACGGUAUCUGGAAGUUGGGCGCAUGCUUCUGAAGCAGAAGGAGGCUGUGCUGGCCAAAAUGCGCACCUUCAGCGAAAGCCACAUCGUCCAUCGGCCACCCCAACAAUGGGCCAGCGCAGUCGUCGCACCAAUAGAUCCACUCUCGAUCCCUGCGAUUCGGGCCACUGGCUGGUCUCCAGACAUGGACAAGCUAGCGCGGGAGCCCCGCCACGGGCGCCACUUCAACGAGCUGCGGCGUUUCCUGAACCAGAUCCAGAACCACAAACAGGCCUGGCCUUUCCUCAACCCGGUCAACAGAGACGAGGUCCCCGACUACUACAAUGUCAUUGUAUCGCCGAUGGACCUGUCGACCAUGGAGGAGAGGCUGGAGUGCGAUUCUUAUCCGUCGCCGAAGGACCUUGUCGCGGAUCUGAAGUUGAUCUUCAGCAAUUGCCGACAGUACAACGACGCGUCGACGGUGUACGCCAAGUGCGCGGUCAAGCUGGAGAAGUACAUGUGGAGUCUGAUCAAGAAAAUUCCGGAGUGGGCUGACUUACUUGAAGAUUGA